AUGGCCACGGCGCUGUCUCUCGCGACGGUGGAGCCUGUUACGUCCGGAAAGGGAGACGAGGCGGCCGCCGUCUCAAGGAUCGCGGCCACCUCGCCGGUGUCCACCACGAACGUGACGUCGCUCUGCCGGUCGACGCCGUACCCGCGCGCGUGCGAGACCGCGCUCACGUCGGCUGAGGCGCGGUCGGCGCGGGACCCGUUCGCGGCAUCCGUCCAGUUCGCGAUGGCUCGGGCGACGACGGCGUGCGCGCUGGCGCGGAACCUCUCCGCGUCCGCGGCGGCGCCCGCCCCGGUGCCGGCGCCGUCGGCCAUGCACGACUGCGCCCUGCUGCUCGGCAUCAGCCUCGCGCAGCUCAGCGACGCGCUCGCGGGGUCCGCGGCCGACGCGGACGGGGCCACGACGUGGCUCAGCGCCGCACUGACGAACCAGGGCACCUGCCGCAACAGCCUGGCCGCCGUGCCGCUGCCGGACGAUCCCGCGGGUAACGAGGCCGUUCGCAGGCAGGUCGCCGCGCUCGCGCGGUUCAUAAGCCGCUGCACGUCAGGAAGGAGGCUCCUGGAGUCGCCGUCCCCGGCGACCACCAAGGACGACGACAUCGUCGUCACGCCGGACGCCGUGGUGGCGCUGGACGGCAGCGGGACGCACACGAGCAUCAACGAGGCGAUCGCCGCCGUCACGGCGGAGGUGGGCACCGAGGCGAGCGGCGGCCGCGGAGCAGGAGUCUCCACAAGGAGGAAGGUGAUCCACGUAAAGGCCGGGCGGUACGAGGAGAGCGUGAGCAUCUCGUACCAGCAGGCAAACGUGAUGUUGGUGGGCGACGGCGAGGGGAAGACGAUCAUCGACGGCGACAGGAGCGUCGACGGUGGAUACACCACCUGGUCCUCCGCCACCGUCGCUGCCAUGGGCGCGGGCUUCAUCCCCAUCGCCAAGGGCGUGAGCAUCCUCAACAGCGCCGGGCCGGGGCAAGGCCAGGCGGUGGCGCUGCUGGUGAGCGGCGACCGCUCCGUGGUGUACCAGUGCGAGGUGAAGGGUCACCAGGACACGCUGUUCGCGCACUCCAACCGCCAGUUCUACGCCGACACGGACGUCUCCGGCACGGUGGACUUCAUCUUCGGCAACGCCGCCGCGGUGCUGCAGCGCUGCGACAUCCAGGCCAGGAGGCCCCGACCGGGGCAACAGGACGUCGUCACGGCGCAGGGCCGCGCCGACCCCAACCAGAACACGGGGUUUUCCAUCCACCGGUGCCGCGUCACCGGCGCGCCGGACCUUGAGGAGACGCCGGUGUACCUCGGCCGCCCUCGACGGGUGGCUGGAGUGGUCCGGCCAGCCUGCGCCUGGUACCCUGUACUACGGGGAGUACCGGAACACCGGGGCCGGCGCGGCGACGGCCGGGCGGGUGACGUGGACUGGCGUGCACACGUCGAUGUCCACGGAGGAUGCCACGGGGUUCACCGUGGCGAAUUUCAUCAUGGGAGAUUCGUGGUUGGAUGCCACUGGAGUCAAGUAUACUUCGGGACUGUAAUUAAGGAACGUUGUCAUAUAUGUAUAACCUCCUACUAG